AUGGAGGCGUUGUUUCACUCUGUUUACCAAAACGAGGAACCACUGUUGUCGUCUGGCCAACAACAGUUGCGUAUUUCUUAUGCGCCAUUGACUUGUAGUGUUACUCGACCAGUCCGAGGUUUGAUCUGUCUUCAGUUAAGAAAUAAGUUUGCGAUAUGCAAUCCCGGUGCGAAAACGUUUCGGACUUUACCGGAGAUCGAAGCGGAUCCAAAAACUGUCAUACAGAGUUUUUUGGGAUACGAUAAAACUACGGAUGUAUUCAAGGUGUUAUGUAUAACAUGUCAAAGUGGGAUAUUUAUAAACCUGAUUACGACAUAUCAGGUUUGCACGAUAAGAUUCACCGCCGGUGAAGAAUCUUGGAGACCGAUCACAUGUGAGUAUGGUCAUAAACCACUUACUGAAGGACUAUUUAUAAAUGGGGUUUUGUACUAUGCCGCUGAACGCUAUAGUGACAAAUCUCGGGUAAUAAUGAGCUUCAAUGUGAUGUCUGAAGAAUUUAGUGUCAUUGAAUUAUCUGAGCAAGUUAGGUCAGAUUAUGGUUUGCACUUGGUGAAUUAUCAUGGGAAAAUUGCCUUAUCUUAUUUUGUUAAUUACAAAACUGGAGGUUUGCAAAUGUGGGUUAGAAAUGAAAUGGGAGAAUGGUUACCCAAAAAAAACAUUAAGAUUCCUCCUUGGAAGGAAACUGUUGAAGACAUAACGUUUUCUUUUAGAGGCACCAUUAAUGGAACAAAUGAACUUGUUUUCACCGAGAACGCCCUUCAUGGACGCAAGGGAUUACCCUAUAUUGUGUUGUUUUACGAUCCGGAAGAGAAGAAUCUAAGAAGAUUUGAUAUUGAAAACUUGGAGGGUCGUGAUCAUGUUAAAACCUUCGUGGAUCAUGUGGACAGUACUUGGCUUAUGUGA